AUGACUCUUGAAGAGGAUUAUAGUGCCAUCAAGGAGAAUCCAAAGAAGCUAGGUGAUCCCAGUAGUUUUACUAUUCCUAUAUCAGUUGGGAAUCUAUCAGUAGGAAGAGUAUUCAUUGAUCUUGGAUCUAACAUCAACUUAAUGCCAUUAUCUCUGCUAAAAAAAAUUGGAAAGAUAUCAAUGAAACCAACACACAUGAUGAUACAACUAGCAAAUCAUUCCAUUAAUUUUCCUCUUGGAAUAGUGGAGAACAUCCCUGUACGAGUUGGGAGGUUCACCAUACCAGUGGACUUUGUCAUCAUGGAUAUCAAAGAAGAUGUCAUUGUCCCUUUAAUUCUAGGAAUACCAUUUAUGAAUACUGCUAAUAUCGUCAUCGGUGUUGCGGAGGGCAAAUGCACUUGA